AUGGAAGAAUAUUCAUACCAUAGUGAAGAAAGUAUUACUUCUAUCAAAGAACUACAAGAAACUAUUGAUAAAAAUAAUGAAUCAAUACUGGAGUUAAACAAACACUAUGACACUAAUAGACAAAUCCAAAAUUCUUUAAAACAUAACAUUUUAUAUCCUCUUAAAAAAGAAAUAAUUAUAAACCAACUCCAAAAAAAUGAAGAAAAAAUACAACACCAAAAAGAAAAAGAAUUGUUAAGUUUAGAAAAAAAGGCAAUCAAACUAGCCAAAGAGAUUGUCAAAGGGUCAUGUCUUGAGAAAUAUUCAAAUUCAAUUAAUUGUCAUUCUGAACACUAUGAAGAAGAAAAAGUACUAGAAAAACUAAGAAAAAUGAACCUAAGUUCUGUGAUCAACAAGCUUCAAUUAAUUAAUAAUUAA